UGCACUGCAGAUACAUACAAUUAAUAAAUCAUAGUCCAAUUUUGUUUUAGAUGUUUAUAGAAACCAAUUUCGUUUCUUGCACUACAAAUACAUACAAUUAAUUGAGUUGAAAUACAUACAAUUAAUUGAGUUGAAGGUAGUGGUUGCUGAAAAAUUAGGAAGAAGAGAUAAUGUAAAAAUUUGUAGAGAGAAAUUAAAAGAAGAAGACAACACAAGCAGAUACAAACUCCAUCUGAGCUCUCUAGCUGUUCGCUAUUUUUGGACACAACUCCUAUCACGACACAUAGUUUAUAGUUCCUUACUAUUACAUCAAACUACCAUCAUUCAUGGAGCUUCUCGAAGCUUUUUUCAAUAUUACGUUCAUGGCCUCCAUUCUCUUCCUUGUGGUGCUAAUCAAAAUAGUUAAAAGAAGGAGUUGUAACAAUGUCACUAUCAAUUUACCACCAGGACCAUGGACACUUCCCUUCAUUGGAAACAUACAUCACAUUAUGAGCCAUUCACUGCCUCAUCAUUGCUUCAAAAAUUUGGCAGAGAAAUAUGGACCUUUAAUGUACCUAAAACUAGGAGAGGUACCAUAUAUAAUAAUUAGUUCACCCGAAAUAGCCAAAGAGAUUAUGAAAACAAAUGAACUGAACUUUUGUGACAGACCAAAUCUUCUUUUGUCUACACUAUUUAGUUAUAAUGCUACUGAUAUUGCAUUCUCUGUAUAUGGAGAACACUGGAGGCAACUAAGAAAAAUAUGUGUUGUAGAAUUAUUAAGUGCAAAGCGUGUCAAAUCAUUUAGAUCAAAAAGAGAAGAAGAGGUGUCAGAUCUUAUUAAUUCAAUAUUUAGAAAUGAAGGAUCAGUUGUUAAUCUUACCCAAAAGAUUUCCUCAAUGACAUAUGGGAUAAUGGCACGAACAACUUUUGGGAAAAAGCACAAACACCAACAAAAGUUCAUAUCAGCAAUAGGAGAAAUAACGUGUUUGUUGGGAGGGAUUUGUAUUGCAGAUUUGUAUCCUUCUAUUAAAAUUCUUCAAAAGGUGAGUGGUGCAAAGACCAAACUUGAAAAACUUUGUAUAGAGACUGAUGAGAUAUUGCAAGACAUCAUAAAUGAUCACAAAAACAAUCAGAAGGAAACAAAUAAGGAUGAAGAUCUGGUGGAUGUUCUUAUCAAGAUUCAACAAGAAAAUGAAAACUCACAACAUCCCUUUACAGAUGACAAUAUGAAAGCAGUCAUCCAGGAUAUGUUCGGCGCUGGUGGCGAAACAACGGCAACGACUGUGUUAUGGGGGAUGUCUGAGAUAAUAAAGAAUCCUAAGGUAAUGGAAGAAGCACAAAUUGAGGUAAGAAAUGUUUUUGAUGGACAAGGGUACGUGGAUGAGACAGAGUUACACAAGUUGAUAUACUUAAAAUCUGUCAUCAAAGAAACACUUAGGCUACAUACUCCUGCACCAUUGUUAGUUACAAGAGAAAGUAGAGAGAGGUGCCAAAUUAAUGGAUAUGAUAUCCCAGCUAAGACUAGGGUCAUUGUCAAUGCUUGGGCCAUUGGAAGAGAUUCAAAGUAUUGGGUUAAAGCUGAGAGUUUUGAACCAAAGAGGUUUCUUAAUAGCCUAAUUGAUUUCAAUGGUACCAACUUUGAAUACAUACCUUUUGGAGCUGGAAGGAGGAUAUGUCCAGGAAUUACAUUUGCUUUACCCAACAUUGAACUGCCUCUAGCUCAAUUACUUUACCAUUUUGAUUGGAAGCUUCCAUGUGGAAUAAAGAAUGAAGAAUUGGAUAUGAUUGAGUUAUUUGGGAUCACUGUAGGAAGAAAAAAUGACUUAUGCUUGAUUCCUACUUCUCGUCGUCUUUGA